AAUUUCAGUCAAGGGGAACAUCCAAUAUUUGGUAAUAUAGAUUGUUCAUAUAUGAUCCAGAUCUUUUAGAACUACCUGUGUAACAGGUUUAUAUCAGGCAUUUUAAAAAGAACUCGGUUAAUUUCUAAAUCGAAGGAAAACUAAACAUGGCGUCAGUAUCAAGAUCUUGGUCAUUUUGCGAACAACAUGAGUCAGAGGAAGUAAGAUUUUAUUGUAAGGACUGCAAGAGUUUGAUCUGUGAUGACUGUAUAGUUGGUAGUCAUAAAAAUCACAUAACUAUGAAAUCAAAAGAAUACGGCCGUUCGCGGCGCGACCAAAUUCUAAAAUAUCCAUCGGUUGCAGGUAACACCACGAUUCCAAAUAUUCAGAAAAUUAUAAGCGAGGCUUCAGAGAGUAAAAGCAAAUACAGUGAUACCAUAAUGGACGAAACUGAAUCUAUCAAAUCAAAACGGAAGUUAAUUGAUACUAUACUGGACGUUUUACAAACGGAACUAAUUGAUAACCUAAAUAAGGCCGACCAAGAGACAAGGCAGCUAUAUGAUAUUUUUAUCCAAAACCAAGAAUUUAAAGUCGACAGAAUACAACAACUAGUUGACGAAAUCGAAUCAAAAGGAAAUGAUAUACCAGACACAGAAAUUGCUAAAUAUGACGUGGCACUUGAAAAUCUUGUCAAAUUUGAUCCAUAUAAAGACACGAUGCCAAGCCCGAAACCACCCCAAUACAUUUUUGCUGAAGAAAAUGUCAAGAAGGAAAAACUUCAGAAAUUUAUCGGCUGCAUCGAACAUGUGGAAAGUAGUCAAUAUGAGGAACUUCCACUUGAUUUACCACCAAGAGCUCCAGCAAAACCAAAGCCAAAUUUACCUGAAGAUUACAGGGGAUAUUUAAAGCCAAAGACUUUGCCCUUAUCGGAUUCGUACGAUGAAGUGAAAAGAAAACAAGAGUUUAAAGUGCUAAGAUCAUUUGAAACGAAAAACAAAAACAAAAUAUCGUAUAUUGUUCCUAAAGGACAGGGACUUGAAGCUUGGGUGAUUCUGGAAGAAAGUGUCACAGAGGUAGAUUGCACUAGACAAGAUACAGAGAUUAUUCUAACACCUGUAAAAACGUUAGACCAAACACCGAUAUCAUCAUGUACAAACAAAAACAACGAGUUGUUGAUUGGGUUUCAGAACAAAUCGUCAAUAAAACAGUUACAGGUCACUCAAAAGUCAAAACGAAAAUCUUACAGCUUAAAUACUGGAAUCAGCAUUAGUUCUGGUAAAAGCAUACUUGCUUGUUUUUGUACGUCAGCAACAACUGACGAUGAACAAAUCGCAUGUUUCCAAGACAAACCUGCUACCGAAAAUUAUAUACUUCGCUGGUAUUUGAAGGGAAAGCCAAAGAAACAAGAAAUAUUUCUGACGUCUGAUAUUGGAUUGGAAAAUCCAACACAAAUUUGUCAGAACCCUGAUGGCGAAAUUUUCAUAUUAUGUCGACCAGGAGGAAAAAAAUCAUGGAUAAUAAUUCUCAAUAAAUGCUAUGAAAAGAAACUUAAAUAUCCAUCGAAGACAUCAGACAAAGACAUUGACUUUGUUGGAUUUGGGUUGAUAAAGAACCACAUCACUAUUUCAGAUCGGGGUAACUCUGAACAACUUUUUAUAGAUCUUAAUGGACUGGUCAUCCAAAGAGACAAGCACGACGCACCACCAGUCUGUUGUGCUGUAGAUCGCUCAUCUAAUGUUUGGGUGGGCUUUAAUGAUGGAAGAGUUAAAGUGAUAAACUAUCAGAAAGAAAACGAGUAUGCUGAGGUAAAUAGUGCUACGAAAUUCUGAUAUUCAAGCAAAGAACAAAUGGACUACUAGUUACAUUAUAUUGGUAUAGGGCUUACGAUUCGGCAACAAAUGAUUUUUAGUAAAGAUGACGUUGGCCAUUCUUAAAGCAUUUUAGCACAAUUCACCAUAUGCAAGACGUUGAUCGCGUCGUGUUUUGGCGAAUCUUUUAAAACUAGACAUGUUAUGUGUUACAGUAAUUCAAGAUAUUCAAAAAUAAAAUAUAUCCAUGUUAUAGCUAAUAUACUUACAAUCAGAUGUCGGUAGGGAAUAUGGUAUUGUUAUAUGAUAUAUUUAAGAUAGUUAUUGUUGUGGCCAAAUACUGCCUAACAUAACUUUGAAGUGGUUCAACACUUGGAUUCAUUUAGUUCAUUAAUUUAGACCUGAUUAAUGUUAUUGCUAUUCUCCCAGUUGCAUAUUUCCCCUUUAAAAGGGACUAAUUUUCUUUGUAAAAUUUCACAUCUAAAACAAGGUAACAGUCAUUUGAAAACUGCACGAGGGGUUAAACUUGGACAUGAAAGAAAGUCUUGCUCGCGUGUACAAAUUUAUAUCAGGUUAUCAAGUGAGGUCACAACGUUGAAAAUUAAGACUUAAGCAAUAUCAAUGAAGAAUGCAAAAAGGUAAGAAGCACAAACUUUCUGUCUUGGAGGCUGUUAUACGAUAAAUCAUAUCGUUCAAACAUGAGGUCAAUGUAAUGUUAAUUAUGUCCAUUAAGACGAUAAAGAUAUCUGUUGAUUUUAAGGUCACUUGGUCAAAGUCAAAAUUACAGCAGUCACUGAUGGAAAUAAAUUGGGACAAAGAUUUGGUUUGUAUGCAUAUGUUUAACCUUUACCAAACUUGGCUGGAAAAUUCCCCUUGGAAAGAACGACCUUAUUGAGUUUUUGGGUCAGUAGGCCGAAUCAAGGUCAUAAUGCUAACAGAGUGAAAUUUUGAAAAUAUUUUGUUUUUAAAGCAAUUUUUUUUAGCAAUAAAUCAGGUCUUUGCCUAUCAUUGGUGGGUAAUGGGCUUUCGGGUGACAAAGACCCCAAUUGAUAGUUAAGUCAUUGACCAAAAUGAACGGUUACAGCAGCAAUUAAUAGACUUGAAAUCUGGAUAAAGUUUUGCUUCCAAACAUUUAAUACAAGUUGUCAGCAGAUUUAAGGUUUAAUCGUACUCGACACAAAAAUAUGCUUCUUCUACUACAAUUCAAUGAAGUUUGCAACUUUGUUUAUGCAUCCAAGGUGCUUCUGUAAUUUUUUAGUGUUGCUUUACUUGUUCCAGUGGGUUUUAUUUUGUAAUUGUGUAAUACUAAUAUUUAAAGUUGAGUGCUUUUUAUAACUGAUUUUUAUGGAACACUCUUUUUUGUAUUUUUUUUUUAUUGCACUGAUUAAAUGAGACAUGGGUUUGCUAAAUAUUGGUGAAAAACAGUUGAAUUAAUGCCUGAUAACAAGUCAAUAAACUAAUAAAUGGUUGUCCUUGUUCA